ACUCCACUUACAUCCGAACUGACCUUCGAAAUUUGAAGUUUAAACCAAUCACGGCGGCCCUACGUUUGAUCAAGCUUCCAGUCCGGUAGCCUGAGACACGAGAGAUGACGACGAUACGCCGAUUUUGCUGCAACGAUCUUCUUCGUUUCGCUUCCGUCAAUCUCGACCACUUAACGGAAACUUUCAACAUGUCAUUCUACAUGACCUAUUUAGCUCGAUGGCCCGAUUAUUUUCAUGUAGCUGAAGGCCCUGGCAAACGAAUAAUGGGUUACAUAAUGGGGAAAGUUGAGGGGCAAGGUGAGUAUUGGCAUGGCCAUGUAACAGCAGUCACCGUAGCGCCAGAAUAUCGCAGGCAGCAGCUUGCUAAGAAACUGAUGAAACUCUUGGAAGACAUCAGUGAUAAGAUUGAUAAGGCAUUUUUUGUGGAUCUUUUUGUGAGGGCUUCUAAUACUCCAGCCAUAAAGAUGUAUGAAAAGCUUGGGUAUGUUAUAUACAGAAGGGUGCUACGCUAUUAUUCUGGAGAGGAAGAUGGGUUAGAUAUGAGGAAAGCAUUAUCAAGAGAUGUUGAAAAGAAAUCAAUCAUCCCUCUCAAACGGCCAGUUACACCUGAUGAAUUGGAGUAUGAUUAGAUCUGCUGUCUAUGGAACUUCUCCCAUCUUUUUGAUGCCGAUGCUUCAGAACAUGUUCAUAUUUAUAUUGAAAUGCAGAGAUGGGAAUCAGCGAGCUUUAGGUAUGUCUAACAUGAGGUCCAAGAACA